UAAGACAGCAGCGCCGAACACUGACGAAAGCUUCUCGGCCGCCGCGCGCUCCCCCGCUCCCCUCUGCGAAAUCAACAAGAGACGCGACGAGGAGGACGAGCUAGUAUCUGCGAGCUCCGGGGGCCAACAACGGCGCUGGUUUAGGGCAGCUCUCCCUUAAAACAGGAGGGACGCAACUGGUAUUUUUUUUUCUCCCCCCCCCCUUCUCAUUCUCUCGGUAUCUCGGUGUCUUGCCUGUCUUAACCCGCCCAGCACUCAGCGGGAGACGACGUUUUCGCCGCUCGGCGCACUGACACAAGCGGAUACCGUCGGGAUGGAUGGACCGAGUGAGCGGUCUUCGCCGUGAGACUGGCGCUAAUUUGGACGUCCUGAGCAGCAGGUGUACAGACGGAUACAGCGGAUCAAAGGCAAAUCUCAGUGUUCAUGAAACUUUGCUACGAUUUACGUGCUGGGGUUGCCGUCCGCCAUGUUAAGGUAAAGCCCAGGUGCGCGGUGUUGACCAUGCUAAAGCGCCUGGACAAGAUCCGCUUCCGAGGCCCCAGGACGAGAGACGACUUUCCGGAUCUGGCCGAGUCGCCACCCGCCUCCGACAACGAAUGUAGCGACGACAUGCAGCUGAAGCCCAGAGGCACAGAGGACCUCCUGAGAGACCCUGCUGGUUCGGGGUCUCCCACCAUGGCUGCGGCCAUCCAGGACUUCCAGAGGUCGGAGUCGGACCGACUCAAUGAAGUCAAAGGUCACCUGGAAAUUGCCUUAUUGGAGAAACAUUUCCUACAGGAGGAGUUGAGGAAGCUGCGGGAAGAGACCAAUGUGGACUCCCUGCGGCAGGAGCUGGAGAGAGAGCGAAGCAAGAGGAUAGACCUGGAGCAGAAGAUGAAUGAGGUGCUCAAAACCAGGCUGGAGGACUCUCCGCCACAGCCUCCCCGGAAACAGCAGUCGCCCUCAAACAAUGGAACAGCAGAUAAACAGCAGAAGGAGGUCUGGAGUUCACGGCUGCAGAAGUGGUUGUACGAACGCUUUGGGGUUUACAUCGAGGACUUUCGCUUCCAGCCAGAGGAGAGCACCGUGGAAGCCGAGGAACCACUAAGUGCUAAGAGGUUAACAGAAAAUAUGAGGCGACUCAAGCGAGGAGCCAGACCUGUCACCAACUUCUUAAGGAACCUCUCCGCCUUAUCUAAUUGGCACUCUGUCUACACCUCAGCUAUUGCCUUCAUUAUCUACAUGAAUGCUGCUUGGCAUGGCUGGGCCAUUCCCAUGUUACUCUUCCUGGCUAUCCUGCGCUUGUCCUUAAAUUACCUCAUUGCCAGAGGUUGGAGGAUCCAGUGGAGCAUUGUGCCUGAGGUCUCUGAACCCAUGGAGCCUCCAAAGGAAGACCUGACUGUGUCCGAGAAGUUCCAGCUUGUACUUGACGUUGCACAAAAAGCACAGAACCUGUUUGGAAAGAUGGCAGAUGUUUUGGAGAAGAUAAAAAACUUGUUCAUGUGGGUGCAGCCCGAGAGCACCCGGAAACUCUACAUCUGCCUGUGGGUGGCUUUCAUCACCUCCUGCGUCCUGCCAUACAAACUAAUGGGCUUCAUGAUCGGCCUGUAUGCCGGUAUCAAGUUUUUCAUUAUAGACUUCCUGUUUAAGAGCUGUCCGAAGCUGCGGGACAAGUACGACACACCCUACAUCGUAUGGAACAGCCUGCCCACAGACCCUCAACUCAAAGAGCGGACCAAUGCCACUGUGUCCCGAAGGGUUCAGCCGGUGGUUUCUCGGAGCAGCCUCGCCACCGUCCCCUGUGGGGUGAGCAGGGAGGAGGAGGCGGGUCGCUCCCACAGCACCAAGAAGGGAGCCUUUCACGAGAUCUUCAACCUGCAGGAGUCAGAGCGCCCUCUGGCGGUGUGUGAGAAUGGCUGGAGGUGCUGCCUCAUAAACAGGGACAGGAAGAUGCCGACAGACUACAUCAGGAACGGAGUGCUCUACGUCACAGAGAAUUACCUGUGCUUUGAGAGCUCCAGCUCCAGAUCCAGCUCCUCCAAGAAGAAUAAGGUUAUCAAGCUGGUGGACAUCACUGACAUACAGAAGUACAAAGUACUGUCAGUCCUACCAGGAAGUGGGAUGGGCAUCUCUAUAGCCACUCCUUCCACUCAGAAGCCAUUGGUCUUCGGUGCCAUGAUCCACAGAGACGAGGCUUUCGAAGCCAUCUUCACCCAGUACAUGAAGAUCAUGACCACCACCAAACCACCGGCCAGCGCAGAACUCUAGACAGCCUGCGUCCCAGCAACACAUCUCCAUACUGGGGCAAACGUCUGGGGAGAGAGGGCCACCUGAGAUUCAACUGGACUGGAAGAUACUUUAAAAACCCACCACACUCCUCCGCUCUGCUCCUCCUCUUCUUGCGAUGGGCAUCUGCUCCCUCGUCGAUGGACAUCGGCCAGCUUUGAUUGGUGGAUUUCCUGUUGGAGGGGGUGUGUGGGCAUGUCAGGAUUUAGUUACAUCACACUUUUUGUGGGUGUUGGAUAUUGAACAAAAUCCGUCGGCUGGUUCAGGGGAGGAGUGAGGAUCGGCAUGGUUUUUAUCAAUCAGCAGAAGGCUGGCGAGGGGGCUGGUUCUCCUCUCCCACCUGACUGACCAACUGACUGGCUGACUGGUUUCCUGACUUACUUGUUUCCAUGUUUGCAUGUGUGAGUGUGUGUGUGUGAGCUGAAAUUAAGCUCUUAAAUUGCGUCAAGUGGCUAUAUUUUUGUCUUUACCCCUCAGUCAGUGGAGUGACCUCUCCUGUGGUGGGAGGAUUUCAGGAAGUGCUCAUCCUGGCUGUAAAAUAAAUAUCAUAGAAACAAAACAACUAGAAGAAAAUAAGAGGUUCUCUCAACUGCCAGCAAACAUCUUUAGGAACAAAAUGUGUAAGUUUUAGCUUUACAAAUCAGUGCAAAACCAACCAUUAAUGUUGAAAUAUUUAGAAAUCGAACCGGCUGAUCGGUGCCUCAUGGCUUAGCCCAACAAAAUUAUAGUCUGAGUGUGAUCAGUGAUUGUUUUUUAACUUGUAUUAGCUGUGAAAAUGUCAGAUCACCAUUUGACUGACACAGAGCCUUUCUGUUAGUUUACAUUGCUGCUGUCUGUACUUUCAUUUAGUUUUUUCCUCAUCUUUCUAGACACAUGGUUCAGCAGCGACGGUGUGUUUAGAUCGAUCUGACAAACAGUAAAAUGUGCACCGCCGCAUUCAGCAUCCGCUUUGGUGUUUGUAAAUGUGCGUAUGUGAAGUGUAGUGUUGUUUUUUUUUUUUUGUUUCUUUCUUUUUUCUUUUUGUGUCUAAAAAAAUGCCUUUCUUUUGAGAAAUGUCUUUGUAACAAACAGCCUUUAGGAUGAGUAACUGGUGGUCCCGAGACGAGAGCACAACCACUGUUAGAUGGUUCAAACACUGACUGCCAUUCGGAGCGGUGUCACAGUAGCCUCCUGUGUCUAAGCUUCUUCUUUUCAAGGCACAAUCUGUACAUAUAGAGAGAUUUUCCUUUUUUUUUCCUCCCAUCAAUGGUAUUCUUCCUGCACUUUAUUAGGAUAUUAACUGGAAUUUGUGACAUUUAUGUUGCAGUGAAUAGUCUUCAGAUCAUUACAACUUCAGCUGGAAUACAUGGUCAGUGUUAGCAAAUAGUUCCAAAGUCCUACAGUAUGGUAUUUCUCUUUCCGUCUGAAUACUUGAGCCAGCGCAGGUCGCGUCUCGCUGGUCUGUGUAUUAAUACCAGAUUGACAACCUUUAAACUGACCACAAAAGAAGAAGGUACUUUUACUUGAAAAUAUAACCAUGUAGUAAAUCUAAACCUGAUGAUAAAAGAGAGUGCAGUCUCCUUCUGACUGGAUACUCUCACUUGCGUAUGUUCUCAGCUGCUCUGGCUGUUCAAGGUGACCUGAGCAGCAGUAUAAAUUCUUUCUAAUUUGUUAGCAUAAAUCCAUUUUUGUGUCUGAAAACUAGGAUUAUGAGAUAUAAAACAUGCCUAAUUAGGUCCUUUUUUGUUUGCUUGUGUAUUUCAUCACUUAUCUGUAAAGCCGCAGCGAGUAGAGACAGUCAUCCGGGUGCUCUUCCACUUUUCCUCUUGCUUUUUUUUUUUUUUUUUAAACAGUAGUCUGUGAAGUAUACAGAAAAAGGUCUAGAUUGAUCAGAAUAUUUCAGCGUCACUUUAUUUUACACUGUUCGCGAGAAUAAAGCUGGACUUUACUCUUGCAGAAUGGUUUGAUAUGUAGAAAUAUAUAAUGCCAAACUACACCGUGUUUUGUGAGAUGAGUGGAGCUAGCAUACGGGACUGGAGGUGAUGAUUUCCCCUCAGAUGUCAGUGUGAGAGACAGUAGAGUAGCUAUUCCACGCUCCUGACUCCUAUUUACUGUCUGCCCUGCAGCACAAAGCUUUUGAUUCCCUGUAAAUCUUACAAAACACUGUAAAAAGUGAAACCUUGACAUUUGACAAUUUACGUUUAUCCUGGUCAGUUUCACCCACUGGAUGCUUCUUUUUAGUUCAGAAAUCUGUAAUCACUCUGAAGCCACAGUACCCCGCAAAAACCAGAGGAUCAUCCCUUCAGAUUGAAAAUGUCAAGGUUUCUCUUAUACAAGUCCUCUUGUCAUCAUUACCAAUUAGAAUCACCUGAGCUGGAUAUGAAGUUGCCAAAGAGGCAAUGGACCAGUUCAGUGAACCACAUUAUUAAUUGUAGUUCAGACUAUGGAUGGAUAUUUUUCAUUGACAUCCAUUUGAAUGAUUUGGCCUGUUAUUAAAAGGCUGCCUUCCUUCCCAGACAUGGAUUUUCUAUUUUUGUUUAGGUAUGAAUUUGAUCCAUGAAUGGGGGAAACCUGUUGGAUAUUAGGACAGGUGAAAUCAGUAAUUAACGCUGUCUCACUGUGUGAUUGGAUGGCUCGUCAUAGUCUUAAAGCUUUUACCUGAAGCCUUUUUUGUAAUCUGUUAACGCUGAAAAGCAGCUCUCAGGGGUCUGGGAGACCCCCAAUAUGGCUGCGCUCAGAUAAAGCACAGAAUGUAUCACGUUCUAGGUGUUUAAGAUUAUUUUUCUUUUGCCAAAUCUUUAAUUUUUCUGUCUGCCAUAUUCUGCCUACGCUCAUGUUUACAGAAGGUUGUAAAAAUUUUAAUUAUUUGUCGUUGUUUUGUUUCCUUUCCUUAACCCAGUUUGAAUUCCUUUGACUCCGGAGUGAUGAAGACUGGACUGCUGUUGUUGAAUUAACGUCUCAGCUCUCAAUGGCUCUACACCACUCACAUGACUAUUUCUGCUCAACUUUAACCAAUAGGAAACUCAAAAUCGUAGUGACAACAAGAGCAGUAUUUUAAAUCACAUACAGCAUGUAAAUUGUCAUAUCCAACAUCUCAGUACUUGGUUACAGUAUAAUGCAAUUUAAACACAGGCUUCACACAGAGCAGAGAUGGUCAUGGUGGACUGAAAUGGAAACAUCAGUGUUUUUGACAUUUAGUUUGUCCAUUGUGACUUGAUGCACCUUUUUUGAAGUGGCAGAAAUAAAACAAAAGUUGAUUUGUCUUGUUAUUGAAAAUGAAAUCUAAUUUUGCUCACCAAUUACUGUAAGGCACUUCCAGAUGUGAAAUUUGAUACCACACAUGCCUGUACAGCUGGUAUGACACUAAUGCUAGCAGCCUAUUAGCUUAGCAUACAUGUUGUUACCUUUGCUGGGCCAGGCUAUCUAUUUCUUGUCAUUUUACUGCUGGCUGUACGAAGAUAUUUAGAGCUGGACAACAUAAAUAACAUUUAAUAAUUGGAAACGUAUUUUCAGUUAAAAUUCAGUUCCAAGUUACUCUACUUUGUUCACUUUUUUCUGUAAGUUAAUAAGGCAGAUGCAUCGCAUUCAAUUAGAAAUUGAAGCCAUCAUGAUCAUAGUUAAAUCAUGUUUAAAAACUCUGUAAUCUGUCAAAAAUCUUCUUCAUUCAUGAGGCCCUGCAGCUCAUGGGCUCACGUCUUUUGUUGAGUUGUGACAUGUAACCUACAGUGGCCAAGGGCUUAUGGGAAAUGUUUAAUAAAGGCCACUAAAACACACAUGUUCAAAAAAUGUUAAAUUGGAUGAGGAUGGUAAUCAUUUAAGUGUUACAUGUCGAAAGUGCUGAAAAAAAGUGGCAUCAAUGUUUUCAUCUUAGUAACAAAGCAAAUAAACGUAUUUCCCAAAAUGUCGAAAUAUUCCUUUAACGGUAAUCUGCACUAACCGACUGCCAUACUGUGUAUCUUGCUACCGACAAAUGAUAGAGAGCAGUUUGAGGCUUUAACUGCUGGUGUGGGUGGACAGGGACAUGGUCAAAAACAGUGGUGUUGUCCUCUGAAGGUCCCCUUCGUUCUAAGCUGGUGUCCUCGCUGUUGUAUUAAAUAUGUAGUUCCUCUAACUGUGUGUAAAUGUUAAUUAAGGGUUUUCCAAAAGCAUUUCAAGUGAUCCACACUGAGUGUACAGCGCUAACUGUACCAGGGCUCCUGUCUCAUUCUGUACAGUCCUGUACAGACAAUAAAUUGUCUCGAGGCUGCAAACGGCCUCAAUCUGACUUUAUAACUGGAGUGAAUUUAAACAAACCGAAAACAUCUCAAGGAUUCAGUCCUGUUUUAUGGACUGAGACAGUUCUCAGUUGGUACAGUCACUGAAUUGCAGAUUAAAGCCCAAGUGUAACUGGGAAACACUGCGGUCAUUACACUGAGUGAUUAAUUUGUCAUCUGUGACAGUCGCUGUAAUGACUUCCUCUUUUUUUUUUCUCCUUUUUUUUCCUUUCCGUCAAAGAGGAAUUUGUAUACAAUUGAUUGAAAUGUACAGUGAAGAAAAACAAAAACCACUGAGUUUUUAAAAGACAUGUCUAUUGUAAAGAAUAAUGUGAUGUACAUUUUUUAAUUUAAGUAAAUGAAUUUAAGGUA